AUGGGGAACUGUUUAUUCGGAGGGUUAGGCGACGAGGAAGACUUUUUGAUCAAAGUCGCAAAAUCCGAUGGUGAAGUUCUCGAGUUCUACUCCCCCGUCACGGCAGGCUCCGUCUCCUACGAGUUCUCAGGCCAUUCUGUUUUCUCGGCCAUUGAUGAUCUCCUCUGGAAACCCCUGCCGCUCCACGACCACCUCGUCCCCGGUCAGUCAUACUAUCUCUUGCCCACUAUUGUCUCCGACGACGAGUUGAAGACUUUUGUCGGAAACUGCCACGUGAGAUCCAACAGCGAGUCCUUGCCAGCGAUAACUCCGUACAGAAUGUCUCUGGAUUACAACCGCAGGGUGUUCAAGAGAUCAUACACGGACGUCAUUUCGAGGAACAUGCAGACAAGGACCCGACACAAGGAGAAGAAGACGAGGAGGAGCAAAUGUGGAAUAUGGAAAGUGAAGCUUGUCAUAAACACGGAAGAGCUAUUGCAUAUAUUGUCAGAAGAUGGAAGAACAAAUGAGCUGAUAGAGAGUGUGAGAGCAGCGGCCAAGGGUGAAAACGUUGUCGCAUCGAGCAUCAUCGCGAGUGGUUCGUCGUCUGAGGAGAAUGACUUGUCGGUGGUACAUGUCUAG